AUGUACUCGAUCAAUGAGAUUAACGAUUGCAAAAGCCUAGUGAAAUUGAUGUGUUCUCUGAUAAUAAGGCUAAGGGUAGAGGUCGUCAGCGCUCGCACAGCGACCCAAAAUAUAUCGUCCGCCGAUGCCAAGAACAACCAACUACUUCUCUCUCUCUCCGGCAUCCACCUUUGUUCAACGCACAUCAUCCCUAAGUCUAGCCAGAAUGAUAAAUGGCUGCAUCAUGCCUUUCCAAACACCUUUCUCACAAAGCGAUCACAGCUGCCCAGUUCCUGGAGCAUUUCCAGCGAGCAUGGGUUGGCCGUCAGCGGCGGCACAGACUCUAUGGCUCUGGCCUUCCUCUGCAAACAACUACAAGAACAGAACCUCGUAGACGGGUUGACCGUGACAGCCUUUGUCGUUGACCACAAAGCCCGGGAGGAGAGCAGCCGGGAAGCCCGCACUGUAGCUACAUGGCUGAGUGACAUGGGUAAGCCAGAUGACGAUCUUGUCAACUCGCCAGGGACUAACAGCCACACAGGCUUGCAAGCACAAAUUCUCGCGCUCGAAUGGCCACAGGGCAGCAGCGUCUCCGCGUUCGAAACCCAUGCCCGACGUCUGCGCUUCCAGGCUCUCGGCAUAGCCUGCCGAGACAGACGCAUCAGCGCCCUCCUCAUGGGCCACCACCAGGAUGACAAUGUCGAGACCACCCUCUGGAGGCUGUGUACCGGUGCCCGAGGUGCCGGCUUGGCCGGGAUCCCGCCCAUCGCCCGGAUUCCAGAGUGUCAUGGUCUCUACGGCGUCUCGGAGAGUGGCUCGAUGGUGAUCCUCCGCCCUCGCGACAACAGCGCAGGCGCACCCUGUGCUCGUUCUGGGAGCACGACCACAUCGCAAGUGCAGGGCAAAGACGAGGGCAAACAGCCAGGCUUCCCCAUGGCCACCGGUGGCAUUCUCCUCUGCCGGCCCCUCCUCGCCUUCCCCAAGGCCUCCCUCCUCGCAACCUGCCAUCAACACCGCAUUCCCUACGUCUCAGACCCGACAAACUUCGAUCCAACCCUCACGCCGCGCAACGCGAUCCGCAGCCUCGUGUCUCCGACUUUUCCGCCACGCCUGCCGCGCGCCCUCCAGGCCGCGUCCAUCCUCUCUCUGAUCAAAUCAAGCCACGCCCUAAUCGAAGACGCCAUCGCCCACUCCAACAAUCUACUAUCGCAAUGCCGCCUCCUACACUUCAACCCGAGCACAGGGACAAUGCGCAUCCGAUUCCCCAGCCUACAGCAGCAGCAGAAGCAGCAGCAAUUCCCACUGCCCACCCGCAGCCCUCACUUCCAAACCCAGGUCCAAUCCCUCAGCCUGCGCCGCAUCACAGAACUCAUCUCCCCGCACCCGUACAACCACUUCCCCCUACCUAGCUUCGAGAAGUUUACCACAGAACUCUUCCCCUCCUCUCCCUCAUCCCCACCAACGGACCGCCUCCCUUUUACACUGGGUGGCAUCAUGUUCCAUCCUUUCCAACCCACCUCCACCUCUGCACCCGAUCAAACGAACAACAUCAGAGACGAAAAUACAUGGCUCCUCACCCGCCAACCAUACAUGCGCAACCGCGCCCCCUCAAUGACCCUCGACCUCCCCAGCCCGGAAUCAGAGGACUUCUACUCGCCCUGGAAACUAUGGGAUAAUCGAUACUGGGUGCGCGCCGCAGUGGUCCCGGACAAGGGAGGAGUAGACUCCGACAUGUGUGCACAUUACACGCAGUCCGAGCUCGAUGAGGUUCGUCGGUGCUUUGAUGCGCAAGGGUUGUCGCUGGUUGUGCGGCCGCUGCGGCAGUCCGAUUCGCAGGCCAUUCGGGCCAUGAUUGAUGGACAGGGUCGUGGGAAGAAGCAGCACCACCCCGCUUUGGCAGUGGCGCUGAAGCGCCUCGCACUCGAGGCGCCAGGGCAAGCUCGCUUCACCGUUCCUUUGCUGGUUGUUCAAAAGAUCUCUGGUGGCAAUGCAGAACAAUUGCCGCUGGCGCUUCCUACACUCUCUUGCAGAUUACUUUCCGCUUCUCAGGCGCAAAGGCUACUUGAAAGUUCAGUACCUUGGACCGUCCGCUGGCAAUGGAUGUACAAGAUGAUUGACCAUGAUUCUCUCAAAUUGAUGGGUUGGUUAUGA